CUCAUCACUUGAGAAAAAUACCAAGUAUAAGUUAUAAGCACAGAUAAUUAAUAUAUCAGAUCAGAAAAUGAUGAAGAUCGUGAUUCUCUCCGUCACAACGAUAUUUGUUAUUUCUUGUUGGGCUACAUUUGCAUAUGCAUCAGAUCCCAGCCCUCUCCAAGAUUUUUGUGUUGCCGUUAAAGAUGCCGAUGCAGCUGUUUUUGUGAAUGGGAAAGUCUGCAAGAACCCUGAUAUGGUUGUGGCUGAAGAUUUCUUUUUUCCGGGCUUAAACAAGCCUGGAAAUACUUCUAAUCUUGUUGGAUCAAGAGUCACUCCUGUUAAUGUAAACCAAAUUCCAGGUCUCAACACUCUGGGCAUUUCCGCUGUCCGUAUAGACUAUGCACCAAACGGUUCGAACCCGCCCCACACUCACCCACGUGCCACUGAGAUUCUAGUUGUGAUGGAAGGCACUCUUUAUGUCGGCUUUGUCACGUCAAAUCCAGCUAACCCCGCCUUGAAAAACAAGCUCUUCACAAAGUAUUUAUACCCUGGGGAUGUUUUCGUCUUUCCAGAAGGUUUGAUACAUUUUCAAUUUAACGUUGGAAAGACCAAUGCUGUGGCAUUUGCUGGUUUGAGCAGUCAAAAUCCAGGCGUCAUUACUGUUGCGAACGCAGUAUUUGGUUCGGAUCCCAAAAUUAAUCCAGCUGUCCUGACUAAGGCAUUUCAAGUUGAGAAGAACGUGAUUGACUAUCUUCAAGCACAGUUUUGGACGGACAUCAACUAAACCCACAAAGCUCUUAUAUACAAGAAUCUUGUGUUGCUACUAAU